CGGCCAUGCGUUUCCCAUCCCUGGCCGGGAGCGUCUUGCUCAGCUUGGCGAGCCUGUGGCUGCAUACCGCCGCCUCCCUUGCAGCUUUGGAACCGUCAAUUACAUGUAGUUCUGAAACUGGCCCAUCUGCUGAAUGGACAGUCAAACACCAUUUAACGCCAGGAGAUCUGCAGAACCUGAGAGUUGAAGCUGUUAAAGCCGAUGUUGAGUCAGAAUCUGAUCCAAUCCGUGUGAAUAUUAGCUGGAAACUUAGAGAGGAUGCAAGCAUCAGGGUGUUGACUGCUACCAAGAUCUGUGUCCUUGGGAAAGGCAGGAUCCAAACCUUCGAGUGUGUUCGAUGCAACUACACUGAUACAUUUAAAAGUCAAACUAGCCCCAGUGGGGACAAAUGGCAGUUUCAUUAUGUUGGAUUUCCUGUAGAAUUGAGUACACUGUAUUUUAUCAAUGCUCAUAAUAUACCAACAGCAAAUAUGAAUGAGGAUGCGCCUUCCAUAUCUGUGAAUUACACAUCACCAGGUUGCCUAGAUGGGGUAAUGAAGUUUAAAAAACGAUGUGUAGAAGUGGGAAGUCUCUGGGAUCCAAAACUCAUUGCCUGUAAGAAAGAGAGGUCGUUGGAAGUGACCUUUACAACCAGUACCCUUGGAACGAAGUACUCCAUUUUGGUUGAGAUGGAUGACCCUGUUGGAGUUAUUAAGAAUUUUGAGAGAAAUCAGAGCCGUGUUUCUGUAACAAUCCCAGUGCCUGAGGAAAGCAAAGGUGUUACUGUGCAGCUAAUUCCUUACUUCCCCAAAUGUGGCAAUGACUGCACAAGGCGCAAAGGAACUAUCCUAACUUGCUCAGAACCAGGAAGCAACAAAACCAUUUCGGUAGGAAGCCACUUGCUUUUAAUCUUACCUGCUUCAUUUGUAGUUUUGUGGGUUCUUGCUGCUGGCAUAUAUUUGAUUUGGAGGCACGAAAAAGUUAAGAAACAAGUGGUUUUCCAUGCCACAAAGCUACAACCACCCAUUAAAGUUUUGGUUGUAUAUCCAUCAGAUGUAUGUUUCCAUCACACAGUUUGCUGUUUUGCUGAAUUUCUUCAUGAUCACUGCAGAAGUGAUAUUAUUAUCGACAAGUGGCAGAAAAGGAAAAUAGCAGAAAUGGGCCCAGUUCAGUGGCUUGCCACUCAGAAGGAGGAAGCAGAUAAAGUCAUUUUUCUGCGUUCUAGCUGGGAUAGUACAGUGUGCGAAGUUACCUGCCACAAAGAUACCAGAUGCCAGAGUGAAAGUUCUCAAGAUCUGUUUAUGCUUGCGUUUAACCUGUUCUGCAGUGACCUGAAAAGCCAGCCUUUGCUACACAAAUACAUGGUCGUCUAUUUCAGUGAAGAAAACUCCUCAGAUAAUUUUAGUGCCCUCAACCUUUGUCCAAAAUAUCAUCUCAUGAAGGACACUGAUCUCUUCUGUAGAGAUCUCCAAAACAUCUAAGAGCCCAUGCCAUGAGAAGGCAGAAAACAACAGGUCACACCAAAUCCUCACAGAAAUAAUGAAAAUACAAAGGAAUUUGUAUAAAGUAGGAGGAGAGCAUUAUUCAUACUACUGUAACUGAAGGAAACAAGACACUCCUUCAAACUCUUUUGCUAGGUGAGACCAUUAGGCCAAGAAUUUGGAGGUGAUUCUUUUUGUUGCUUGGGAAUUUUACAGGGGGAGCAAAGUCCUCAAAGGCUUUUACUUCCUGCUUAUUUGACCAUAAUUAAUUCUACUGCAUUAAUCAUUAGCUUUUCUUUGGCAUUUAUAUGUAUAAUACAGUACAAUUUCCAUCAAUUAGUGACUAUUGAGCACCUACGUACGGAGUGUUAGGCACUCUACUAAAUAAUAAACUCCUCAUCUACACU